CGACGGAAGGGCCCGGCGGCCCCUACAGGUGCGCGGGGCGGGAGAGCCCUCGGCCCCUCUGGGAGCCCCUCGCGCGCCCCCCGAGCUUCCCGGCCGCGGCGCUCUCGCUUCAGCCUCGCGGGACACCGCGACGCAGGUGUGAAAAUCACAAAUGUCAUCAAAUGAUGGAAGAUCCAGGAUUCGGGAGAGGGGCUACAAUGAGGUCCCAGGGGACUUCCCCUAUCAAGAUGGCACCAUAAGAACCCUCCAGACUCUUCACGACAGUGAGCUGGCUGUGAGCGCUGAUCCUCUGCCACCUCCCCCUCUCCCAUUACAACCCCCAUUCGGCCCAGACUUCUACUCAAGUGACACAGAGGAACCAGCCAUUGCUCCAGACCUCAAGCCUGUAAGACGCUUUGUCCCUGACUCCUGGAAGAACUUCUUCAGGGGAAAGAAAAAGGACCCACAAUGGGAUAAGUCAGUGUCUGACAUCCGAUACAUCUCCGAUGGUGUGAAAUGUUCACCUCCGGCCUCUCCAUCAAGACCCAACCACCGUUCUCCCCUCUACUACAAAGAUCCUUCUGGAGGGUCAGAAGGCCCCUUUAAUUCCCCGAAAGAGGCUGAUUCAAUGUUUCCCCAGGAUCCCUAUGCAUCUCUAGACCGACACACCCAGACUGCUCAAACAUACAGCGAGAAGGUAGAGGAGUACAACCUGAGGUAUUCCUACAUGAAGUCUUGGGCAGGCCUGCUGAGAAUUCUGGGUGUGGUAGAGCUGCUGCUGGGGGCUGGCGUGUUCGCAUGUGUCACAGCUUACAUUCACAAGGACAGCGAGUGGUAUAACUUGUUUGGAUAUUCACAACCAUAUGGCAUGGGAGGCAUUGGUGGCCUGGGCAGUAUGUAUGGGGGCUAUUACUACAGUGGUCCCAAGACCCCUUUUGUACUGGUGGUUGCUGGAUUAGCUUGGAUCGCUACCAUUAUUGUUCUGGUUCUUGGCAUGUCCAUGUAUUACCGUACCAUUCUUUUGGACUCUAAUUGGUGGCCCCUAACUGAAUUUGGAAUUAAUGUUGCCUUGUUUAUCUUGUACAUGGCUGCAGCCAUAGUCUAUGUGAAUGAUACCAACCGAGGUGGACUUUGCUACUAUCCUUUAUUUAAUACACCAAUAAAUGCAGUGUUCUGCCGGGUGGAAGGAGGACAGAUAGCAGCGAUGAUCUUCCUUUUUGUCACCAUGAUUGUUUAUCUUAUCAGUGCUCUGGUUUGCCUAAAGCUCUGGAGGCAUGAGGCAGCCCGGAGACACAGGGAAUAUAUGGAACAACAAGAGAUAAAUGAGGCAUCAUUGCCAUCGAAAAGGAAAAUGUGUGAAAUGGCCACCAGUGACAAACAGAGAGACCCAGAAGUUAAUUUAAAAGACUUGAGAACAACAAAAAUGAAACCUGAACUGCUGAGUGGCCACAUCCCUGCAGGUCACAUUCCUAAACCCAUCGUGAUGCCUGACUACGUGGCAAAAUAUCCUGUGAUUCAGACAGAAGAUGAACGGGAACGCUAUAAAGCUGUGUUCCAAGAUCAGUUUUCAGAGUACAAAGAGCUAUCUGCAGAAGUUCAAGCCGUAUUGAGGAAGCUUGAUGAGCUGGAUUCAGUGAUGAGCAGGUUGCCACAACAUUCAGAAAACCGACAGGAACAUGAGAGAAUUUCAAAAAUCCAUGAAGAGUUUAAGAAAAAAAAGAAUGAUCCUUCAUUUCUGGAAAAAAAAGAACGCUGUGAAUACCUCAAGAAUAAACUCUCUCACAUAAAGCAAAGAAUUCAAGAAUAUGAUAAAGUAAUGAACUGGGAUAUAAAUGGUUAUUCUUAAGCCUUAUCUGAAACUACUUUUUUUAUAACAGAUUUACUAUUUAUAUUCUGCUUUUGUAUGCUAAUCUUUGUGGUAGAGAAGUAAGUGCUUCCUGAAUCAGAUCCUCAUUGGUCUAACUGGUGUGCAGUGUUAAUCAGUAUGAUUCGCUCAAACAUUUCAAAACAGUUUCAACUCAUUGGAAGACUGAGGCAGAAUGAGUUUAAGUUCAAGGCUAACUUGGGCAAUAUAUUUUGAUGUGGUGGUGAGGAUCGAACCCAGUGCCUCACACAUGGGAGACGAGCACUCUGCCACUGAGCCACAACUCCAGCCCCUGAACUUGGGCAAUAUAGUUAUACCUGUCUCAAAAAUAAAAUUAAAAAAAAAAAAAGCUGGGGAUGUAACUCAGUGAGAGAGACCCUGGGUUCA